AUGUCGUCGCAAUCGUCACAUUCUGCUGCGGCUUCUGCUGCCAGGUGCGAGAAAGUCGUUCUCGAAAACCCAUUAUCCGGUCUCUCGGAGACUGCUCCAAGCAACAUACCACUUUCCAAACGCAUCAAGCUUACUGAGAUCAAACACAACAUGGGAAUCGAAAAUAUCACGGUCGACACUAAGAGCUCUAACUCGAGCUGUUCGACGAUUUCCCUCCCAGAAGAUUUCGACCCUGUUCCUGCUCUUGUCAACGCAACUGAAUAUGUCAGGAAGCAUUUGCAACAGUCUGUUCUUUGUCACGACAGCGAAUUAUCCCUCCUGAACUCAGAGCCACCCCAUCGUCUUUCUGCCGACACUCUCGAAAAUCUUGCUCUCGAUUUGAAAUUCCCUUCUUGGAAACUCGAUUCUAUUAAAGCCGGUGGUUCUCUCCUCGCCUUUGGGAACGACGACGGCGCUCCCCUAUCCGAAGUUGCGGGUCCUCCGGGACCCCGAUCUCGAACCGAGGGUAUGGCUACUACGCCUCAAACUUUUCGCUAUUCUCCUACGAGCUGGAAAAUCACAUCUGCUGAAAAGGACUGUUUCGUCUUCCUCGAAACUAUGAAAGGAGUCCCUCCCGAAACCGUCAUGUGGACUGAUCACCAGCACGGAAGCUACAUUAAUCCUACAACAUGGGUCUCUUCGGUGCACCAGCAGAAAGUUGUUUACCACUAUAGCUCUCAAACUUCGGCUGCUGACAAAUUUUCCCCCAUUUUUCCAAACUAUGUGUGUGAUGAUUCCAAGGAAUCAGCUGCUCACAUCUUGGUCCAACGGAAAGGUUACAAACAUCAAAGGCGUGGGGAAGAUGCUGACAAUAAAUGUGAAAAGCGACCUCAUCCUGCUGAUGGAGUCGAUGGAUUUAGUGAACAUCCUCUCUCUGAUAAAGAAAUCCAUGAUCCCGAUCACGAAAUAGCCGCUGUGAGGUUUAGCGUCAUUGUUGAUGGCCUACACAGCAAAAAUUCCGAUGUUGAUGUUAACGAUGAUCCAUGCGAGGAUUUCAGAUCUUCAGCCGAAAUGGCCGAAUCUAUUAGCUUUCAUGAUUUCAUUGAUCGUCAAAGUUAUGGUUUUGAUGCAUCCUAUGAUGACGAUGACGAUGUAUCUAUAGCUACAGAAAAUACGGAAGACAGGGAAGAAAGGUUCCCGGUAUUUGAGCGCUCCUCUGGGGUAGGAAUUCGUGUUAUAUACAUAACUCGCGAUCCAGUUUCUCGCCAACGCAUCGUGCUCGUUGAUCACAUCCAGGAAGAAGACGAACGUUACCGCUAUGUUCGAGACCGGCUCGCCCGUAGUAAAAGAGAAGGAGUAUCCGUUGACAGCCUUACAAUUGAUUGUCCAUCCAUUACUGAGAUGGAUUUGAGAGCCAGGCUACAUCUCGCCUACGAUCACCUCGAAGAGAGGCUGAAGUUUUUGAUUAGGGAAGGGAAAAUUGACGCAGAUACUUACACUGGAUUGCCCCCAGAUGCCCCAAUAACCGCAAAUGAGAAGCCUAUCUCGCUUGUUAUCAGUAAUGAUGAUGACAAUCAUUCUGGAUAUGAUGGGAAUGUUAAUAAACCGUUUAACCCGGAUGGAAAUAUCCCGAUUCACGGGGGGCGAUGCGGAUCUGGAAGAUCAUCACCGAUGCACGGUCAGCCGAUGGAGGUCGAAGAGUUUAAAUCACCAGUAGACAACGGAUUUUAUUGCAGACAAUUUCGAAUCGAUGGUGAGAUGAUUCGAGUUUCUGCAGAGUUCGAUUUUGUUUACGUACGGAUUGGGAGGGAGACGUUCACCUACCCUUGGAAUACGAGUCCAACUGUUUCCCGCAAGGAGGCAGUUGACUUGUUGAACAAGGUCUGGGUGGGGCCGGUCGCUCCGGCAGUGGCAAAGUUUGUGGGGGUAGGCGUGGUGUACGAGGCGGUGGUGGAGGCUCUGGGGACCAUUUUCGAGUACGGUAAGCGGGAUGUCCCUAGCGAGUCUAGUUAUCUGUCGGGCACUGGGCAUCCGCUCAUCCCGGUAGAGUCAACUGGACCUGCUGGGGACAUCCCGAGGUGGCAUGUGCCUGGGAAUGAGUUGGUGAAGAAGGCGUUGGGCGUUCGGGGGAAGGAAAACCUCCUCAACAAACCAGUCUGCCUGGGCGACGGUAAACCCCUUGAGAGGAAAGAAAACCUCGUUAAAAAACUCGUCGCGCCAGAGAGUGACGUUAAACCGCUCUCUGGUGGGGAGAAGGACAACUCCUCAAAACAAAAAACCGAAGAGGGGAGGGAGGGGCUGUUGGAUGUGAUAUCCAGCAUGCAGGAGGAGAUUCGGCGGUUGAGCCAUCAGAGGGAGGCGGACCGGAGGGAGGUGGUCCGGAUGGCGGGGAUGAUCAGUAGGUUAGAGGGGGAGGUGGCCGAGCUUCGGGGGAAGCUGCGGAUUCGGGAAGACGAGGAAGAGGAGGAAAUGAUAGCGUGGGAGGGGGAGGAUUUGGAUGGGGAGUUGCAGCAAUGGGGGCCUGCCCGAGGCCAGCAGGACCAGAUCGUAGGGGAAGGCGUCGAUCUCCUUGAGUUUGAUGAUCCUUCCGACUUUGAGAAGGUCUUGCCAGCUGAGGACGGCGGCGAUGACGAUCAAGUUGUGGUUGUCACCGAGUGGGAGCCCUUGGUUCCCAUUCCAGAUGACACUACGCAACUGAUUGUUGUUGCAACGGAAACCGGCGCUGCGGCGAGGAUCCUGGAGAGGGUGAGCGGGGAUGUCAGGUUGUGUAGGAGCCUGGUGUACCUGGAGGUGAGGGGGGGCCAGCUGGAUAUCGUGGAUGACGAUUUCUGUAAGCUGAUUCAGCUGUGCCCGGAUCUCGUAGGGGUGGCCGUUCGAGGCGGGGUCAAUUUGACCGACGUGAGCAUGCGAUGCGUGCUUACCUCGUGUCGGAUGAUCUGCGGCCUUGAACUGUCAGGCCAGCCUUCCACUCCGGGGCAGAUUUCGUCGCGCCCCUUACGGGGUAUCCCAUAUCCGUGGCAAGGAUGCAGCCUUAGGGAGCUGAUCCUGAGACACCAGCCAGGGGUGGAGGAGGGGGAGUUGAAGAAGGUGCUGGAGGAGGAGAGGCCAUGUCUGAGGGUGACAUUGGCGAGGGGGGGUGAGGAGACGGUGUUUGUGGCGAGGUCCGGUGGAUCUCCGCCACAUAACGACCGUGCUCCGGGGCUGGGGAGGUGGGUGUCGUUGAGAGGAGAGUUGUGGGAGGGGGAUGAAGUUUGGAGGAGGAGUCAGGAGGGGAUUUGGGAGGGGGUGAGGGAAGGGGUGGCGAGGUCGUCGGUGCUUGGUUUGUUGGCGUACAAGCCCGACUGUGGGGGUCUGACGUGGAUGUUGGACGACUACCAGAUGGAUGGGGUGGGGAGGGUGAACCUCUGGUAG